UUGUGACUGCACGUGUUUUCGCUUCAACUCACCUGGGCGAACCCAAAAAAAACCAAAGCUAACUAGAAAACACACAUUAAAUAUACAAUUUAAAAAUACUAAAACACAGUGUUGUGCAUCAUUAUAUAAGAAAACCAAUACAUGAAAACCAAACAGCAAAACAAAUUUUUUUCAAGUAAUAUUUUUUACAAGUGCGCCGAAAAAAAAAACAAGAACCCAAAAAGUGUUUGAGAACCCAAAAUAUGAAUUUUCAAAAUCGGAGAAAGACCACUUUUCUCAACUCAAAUUUUUAAACCAGGGGAUAAGCCUUGAUAAUUUGAACAAAAAUUUUAAAAACUAAGAAAACAUAUUUUCCUGAUCAAAAUUGAAAGAACUUUUUUUUUCGAGAACAUUUUUCCUCAAGUUUUUUGAGGAAAUCGAAUAAAAACUCCCAUAUAAAAACAAACCAAAAAGCAGAACUUCAAAAUAACUCUGUAAAUUUAUAAAUGACUUUUUUGACUUGAAAAAACUAAAAAAAAUUUCAAAAGACAUGAAGAGGGCCAAACAAAAGUUGACUUGAGCUGUGCUCAUGAGAAAAUCAAAACUGAAAUUAAACAAUUUUUUUUUUUUAACACAGUGGACGAGCGGCGAACAAACAUACACACACAAUUGGAUUAGUGUCUUGUUUAUUUCGGACCCACUGUGACUGUCCCUCGUCCACCCAAUCAAAAAAUCGCCGCCUCCUUGAAAUCGUCGCGUGUCGUCGUCGCGUUUCGUUUCGUUGAUCGCAAAUCGCUUAUCAUCAAUCGCAAAUUGCACACUGCAUCAUCGCUAAUCCAUCAUGCCGAAAAUAUUCCUGAUCAAAAAUCGCCUGCAUCAGCAGCAACAACGUUUGCUCGAAUCGCAAAACUUGCUGCAACACAAAAACCAGGAUGAUGAGCGUUUGGUGCCACCACUCAGCCCAAGUGGGAGUGGCAGCGCCCCCUCGCCCACGCCCACCACCCAGCCGCCGCCGGAACCGCAAGGUCAGGGGCAACAGGUGCUCGGACAGGUGCCCGAAGCAGAUCAACAGCCGCUGAGCCUCACGCGAAAGCGAUUCCACCACCGUCGCCACUACUUCGGACAAUCGCGCCACAGUCUCGAUCAUCUCAAUCAAAAUCAGAGCCCGAACCCGGUUCUAAACCUAAAUCAAACACAAAAUCCUGCGGAAUUGGACAUCGAACGCGCCACAGGCCAAGUUCAAAAUGAAAACUUUGCCGCCGAAUUGUUGCAGCGUCUAACACCCACCACCACCGUUACACAAAAUAAUACUGUUAACCCUAUAACGCCUGUUAAAAGCGAUACUCUGGUUAAUAAUAGCAAAGCCGAUUUAGCCACCUCCGUUUUAGCCACAAAAGACUGCACAAUUGAAAAUUCCCCAAUUAGUAUACCAAAAACUCAGCAAGAAGAAGAGGAAGAAGAGCAGGAGAAAGUGAAGGAGAGAGAGGAAACGGAGGACAACGACAAAAGAGAGAGCAAAGAGGCGGCCGAGGAGGAGGAGGAGGAAGACGAAGUGGAUGUGGGCGUAGAGGCACCACGCCCUCGAUUCUAUAACACCGGAGUGGUUUUAACCCAAGCCCAACGAAAGGAAUAUCCCCAAGAGCCAAAGGAUUUAACAUUGUCCUUGGUCCAAUCCUCGCCAGUUUCCCCAAAAAGUGACUCCGACUCGGAUUCCGAUUCGGAUGGUGGUUGUAAGCUAAUUGUGGAUGAGAAGCCCCCGUUGCCGGUGAUUAAGCCUUUAUCCCUGCGCUUGCGCAGCACACCGCCUCCAGCGGAUCAGCGUCCCAGUCCACCACCUCCUCGCGACCCCGCGCCCGCCGUUCGCUGCUCGGUGAUCCAAAGGGCUCCGCAAUCCCAGUUGCCCACCAGCAGGUCAGGUUUCCUCCUGCCACCCCUCGAUCAACUUGGUCCCGAGCAACAGGAACCCAUCGAUUAUCACGUGCCGAAAAGAAGGAGUCCCUCCUACGACUCCGAUGAGGAGCUGAACGCCAGGAGGCUGGAAAGAGCGCGUCAAGUGCGCGAGGCACGCCGCAGGAGCACAAUUUUGGCCGCCCGAGUGCUACUGGCCCAAUCCCAAAGGCUGAACCCAAGAUUGGUGCGUUCGCUGCCCGGAAUUUUGGCCGCUGCCGCCGGACACGGCCGUAAUAGCAGCAGUUCUAGCGGUGCCGCCGGUCAGGGAUUUCAAUCCUCCGGAUUUGGCAGCCAAAACAGCGGCAGUGGUGGCUCCAGUGGCAAUCAGAACGCGGGCAGUGGUGCUGGUUCACCCGGAUCCGGAGCCGGCGGCGGUGGUGGCAUGGGCGGCGGCCGAGACGGCCGAGGGAACUACGGUCCCAACUCACCGCCCACGGGCGCACUUCCGCCCUUCUACGAGAGCCUUAAGAGCGGUCAGCAGAGCACGGCCAGCAAUAAUACGGGCCAGAGUCCCGGAAAUCACUCUCAUUUCAACGCGAAUCCAGCAAAUUUCCUGCAAAACGCGGCAGCGGCGGCAUACAUAAUGUCGGCAGGCUCUGGCGGAUCGGGAGGAUCUGGUGGCGGAUCUGGAGGACCAGGAGGAGGUGGAGGAGCAGCAACAAACGGUGGUGGUGGUGGCGGCGGCAAUGGCUACAUCAAUUGUGGCGGUGUUGGUGGUCCAAACAGUAAUCUCGACGGUAAUAACCUUUUGAACUUCGCCAGUGUUUCUAACUAUAACGAGUCCAAUUCCAAAUUCCAUAAUCAUCAUCACCACAACAACAACAACAACGGUCAAUCCUCAAUGAUCGGUCAUCCCUUUUACGGCGGCAAUCCCUCAGCCUAUGGCAUAAUACUGAAGGAUGAGCCGGACAUUGAGUACGACGAGGCCAAGAUCGACAUUGGUACCUUUGCGCAGAACAUUAUCCAGGCAACGAUGGGCAGUUCCGGUCAGUUCAAUGCCAGCGCCUAUGAGGAUGCUAUAAUGUCGGACUUGGCCAGUUCGGGUCAGUGUCCAAAUGGUGCCGUCGACCCGCUGCAGUUUACGGCCACUUUGAUGUUGAGUUCGCAGACAGAUCAUCUCCUGGAGCAACUAUCCGAUGCUGUGGACCUGAGUUCAUUCCUGCAGCGGAGCUGCGUAGACGACGAUGAGUCCACCAGUCCGCGGCAGGACUUCGAGCUGGUUUCCACGCCCUCGCUAACACCGGAUUCGGUAACACCCGUAGAGCCGCACAAUGGAAACACAUCACAAUUGGAUGCCCUGCACGAGAAUCUGUUGACGCAGUUGACCCACAAUAUGGCCCGGAAUAGCAGCAAUCAGCAGCAGCAGCAUCAUCAGCAGCACAAUGUACAACAGCAGCAUAGUGUCCAACAGCAGCAGCACAAUGUGCAGCAGCAGCAUAAUGUGCAGCAGCAACAUAAUGUCCAGCAGCAACCACCGCCUUCGUAUCAGCAUGCCACGCGUGGCCUGAUGAUGCAGCAGCAACCGCAGCACGGCGGCUAUCAGCAGCAGGCUAACAUGAUGUCGCAGCAGCAGCAGCAGUUGCUGAGCCAACAGCAACAGUCGCAUCACCAGCAACAGCAGCAGCAACAUGCCGCCUACCAGCAGCACAAUAUGUAUGCCCAGCAGCAGCAGCAGCAACAUCAGCAGCAACAACAACAGCAUCACUUCCACCACCAGCAACAACAGCAGCAGCAACAGACCCAUCACUCGCAUCACCAUGGUCAUAGCCAUGACAACAGCAACAUGUCGCUUCCCUCGCCAACGGCAGCAGCUGCUGCGGCCGCUGCGGCGGCUGCUGCUGCUGCUGCAGCCGCCGCUCAUCUGCAGCGACCCAUGAGCAGCAGCAGCAGCUCGGGCGGCACCAACAGCAGCAACAGCAGUGCUGGCAGUAGCAACAGUCCACUUUUGGAUGCAAAUGCAGCGGCAGCAGCAGCAGCCGCCUUGUUGGACACCAAGCCACUCAUCCAAAGCGUAAGUUAUCCAUUUGUUCAGCACCUAAAUACCCAAUCACAGCAGCAAAACCAGGCUCAAAACCAGAAGCAAAUCACACUGAUGAAGACCACUAGGUACACAGAGUUUGUGGAGAUGUUGGCGCUGGAUGUGUGUGUCAAGCCAGAGUCUCUAAUCGAAGCCAGGCCAGAUAUAACCGAGAUAACGACCGAGCAGUUGACUUUGGAAGCGGAGACACCAGCAGGAGGAACUUUGGUUCCACCGCCAGCUUCAUCGGGCAGAAAGCUGCGUGGUCGGGCCAAGGCGGUGGCUUAUGGCUCCACUAUGAUCACGCUGAUAUCCACGCUGAAAUCCUCGCCAGAGGUGCCGGCCACCAAGACGGUGCACCGCACCACGUUGCGAUCAUUGGCCUCCGCGGCGGCGGCCACUGCAGCGGGACUGCUGGCGCCAUCGCCCACCGUUUCCGUUUUGAAUGAGAGCAAAGUCUUGCAACGGCGCUUGGGCUUGCCACCGGAUCUGCAACUGGAGUUUGUCAACGGCGGACAUGGCAUUAAGAACCCGCUGGCCGUGGAGAAUGCCCAUGGUGGCCAUCACCGAAUACGCAACAUCGAUUGCAUUGAUGAUCUCAGCAAGCAUGGCCACCACUCGCAGCAGCAACAGCAGCAGCAAGGUUCACCGCAGCAACAGCAGCAGCAGAGUAUGCAACAAUCGGUGCAGCAGCAGCAGCAACAAUCGGUGCAACAGCAGCAAUCCCUCCAGCAACAGCAGCAGCAACUGCAUCAGCACCACAGUAAUAGCAGUGCAAGCAGCAAUGCCAGCAGUCACGGAUCCGCUGAAGCCCUUUGCAUGGGCUCAUCCGGCGGAGCCAACGAGGACUCGUCCUCGGGCAACAAUAAGUUUGUCUGCCGCGUCUGCAUGAAGACAUUUUCGCUGCAACGACUGCUCAAUCGGCACAUGAAGUGCCACUCGGACAUCAAGCGGUAUCUGUGCACCUUCUGUGGCAAGGGAUUCAACGACACCUUCGACCUCAAGCGGCACACGCGCACCCACACCGGCGUCCGGCCGUACAAGUGCAACCUGUGCGAGAAGAGCUUCACUCAGCGCUGUUCGCUGGAGUCGCACUGCCAGAAAGUCCACAGCGUCCAGCACCAGUACGCGUAUAAGGAGCGCAGGGCCAAGAUGUACGUGUGCGAGGAGUGCGGUCACACCACCUGCGAACCUGAGGUGCACUAUUUGCACCUGAAGAACAACCAUCCAUUCUCGCCGGCGCUGCUGAAGUUUUACGACAAGCGGCACUUCAAGUUCACCAACUCGCAGUUCGCCAACAAUCUGCUCGGCCAGCUGCCCAUGCCAGUCCACAAUUAGUGGAUGGAUUUUAGUUCUAAGUAUUUGAACAAUUUAAGCAACCAAUAUUGUGACUUUGAAGUUUUUUGAAAACUGCCCCCCCCCAGCGGAGGAUACGGAAUUUUUGGAGAUUAUGCUUAUUAUGUAUAUUUUUGCCUAGCCGUAAGAUUUGGUAUAAGCUGUAGGAUUUAGUAUCACGCUACCCCACUCACUUUGCUGUGCAAAUCUCUCUUACUUGAACAAUUGAGCCCUUAUGUUUAUAGUUAAUCUUGAAUUUUCGUUUAUUACAAUCAAUUUUUUUUUGGAACACCGCUUCUUAGUCAAAAAGUUAUCGUUAGGCCUAAGAAAUGUUUUGAAGAUGCUUUGAGCAACACACAAAUUAUGGAUUAUCACUCGUAUGUAGGUAUAUAUAUAUUACACGAAAAUAUAUAAAGGAUAUAGCUGUAAGAUGUGAGGAGCUACCAACCGAACAAGCUGCAAACGUUUGCAUUUAUUUGUAUUCAACAAAAAACAAAAAAAAAGAACGCGAAAAAAAUGAGCAAGGAUAUCAUAUAAACACACCACCAACCAUACGCAUACAUAUUUAUUAUUAAUCACAAACCACAUUGCAAAGAGGCAAAACAUUCAAAUAAACUAGGCUAAGGUCGAUAAAAAAAACACGUAAACUAAAGCUGUUCAUAAAUGAAGUCAAAGCCCAACAAUAUCCAAUACAUUAUGAAAAAUUCGAAUCGCGAAAAAAAUAUUUGAAUAUAUAUUUUAUUAAUCCUAGCUCUUAGGCAAUACCACCAAUUGUACUGAUCUUAAAUGAACAAACACUAAAAAACACAUAAAUAUAUAUUAUAUACAUAUCUGA